GCCUCUCAUCCGCAUCCGUCCUCAGAAACUCAAAGCAUCUCACCUCUUGACUCCUAGCCUGCUGGCCUCGCCGCGCCCGCAUCAGACCCUCCUGUGCCGCAGCAGUUUCAGUUUCGGAACUGGGUUGAGAAGGGCGGGACGUUCGCGCCUGAGAAGGAUAGGUCGCUAUCACCUCUAUGUGUCCUACGCAUGCCGUGAGUCGCACUACUCGUAUCACCUUACGCAUGCUAACCUGUUCUGCUAUUAUCAUGGGCAACGCGCACUCUGAUCAUGCGCAAACUAAAGGAGCUCGAAGACUUCAUCGACGUCAGCGUCAUCUGCCCGCAUAUAGGCGAGCGCGGCUGGCCCUUCGUGAGCGUCGACGUGUUCCCGGGCGCGAACGCGGACCCGCUGCGCGGCGCGCAGCACGUCAAGGACCUCUACCUCCGCGCGGCGCCGGACUAUGAGGGCCGCUUCACGGUCCCCAUCCUCUGGGACAAGCAGCAGAACAAGUCGCCAUCGUGCGCUUCGACCCAAUCUACGUCGGCCACUUCAAGUGCAACAUCCGUACGAUCUGUGGCGGCUACCCCGCCAUCCAUCGCUGGUUCCGCAAGCUACUAUGUGCCCCGCCCGUACGCCACGCGGAGACCACCGACAACGUGUCGCCGCUCAGGCUCUCGACACCGUCUUCAUUCCAUCCGCCGUGUAUGGCACCUGCGGAGGAGGAGGCGGGCCGCGGGCGGCUCAUGAUGCUCUUCCGAGUCAUCCCGUGCGCGUUCGCAGCCCUCGCUGGAUGGUGGUACGUCCGGAGGCAGACACGA